UUGGAGCACAUUAGCAAGUGGUUAUGAAGACAGGAGCUAAGCCAUGUCUAUUAAAUUACUUUUUAGAAACAUUGUGAACCAACAUUUCUGACCACUAAUUUCAUUUUUGAGCCCUCAGAGAACAAUCCACUAAAUCAUGAAAGGGUUAAGCCUCUUUUCGGCCUGGUGUCUCCACCUGUUGCUGCUGGAGAGCUCAUCGUGUGCUGCUGACUCAAGUGUUGUGAACCCCUGUUGUUAUUACCCGUGUCAGAACUCAGGUGUGUGUGUGAGAUUUGGUACGGAUCGCUACCAAUGUGACUGCACACGCACCGGCUUCCAUGGAGACAACUGCACCGUCCCGCAGCUCUGGACCAGAGUUCGUCUCGCGCUGAAGCCGAGCCCCGGCGUGGUUCACUUCAUCCUCACCCACUUCCAGUGGUUCUGGGACCUGGUCAACAGCUCGUUCCUGCGAGACACCUUCAUGAGACUAGUGCUGACGGUGAGAAGCGACCUCAUUCCAAGCCCUCCGACCUACAAUACCAAGUAUGGAUACCUCAACUGGGAGUCGUACUACAACAUCUCCUACUACACCCGUCUCCUCCCUCCGGUACCCGAGGACUGCCCCCUACCGAUGGGAACCAGAGGCAAAUCGGAGCUUCCCGAUCCCAAAGUGUUGACUGAGAGGUUCUUUAGGAGAGAGACCUUUAGGCCGGACCCUCAGGGAACCAACCUGAUGUUCGUCUUCAUGGCCCAACACUUCACCCACCAGUUCUUCAAGACGGACUUUAAAGUUCAAGGGGGCUUCACCAAGGCUUUAGGACACGGGGUGGAUGCAAGCAAUAUAUACGGAGACAACCUGGAGAGGCAGCAUCACCUGCGGCUUCAUAGAGAUGGAAAGUUGAAGUACCAGACAGUGAAGGGCGAGAUGUACCCUCCGACUGCAUCGGAAGUCCCCGUGCACAUGAUCUACCCUGAAAACGUACCCCCAGAAAAGCGCCUGGUCAUCGGUCACGAGGUGUUUGGCCUCCUGCCGGGCCUCACCAUGUACGCCACCAUAUGGCUGCGGGAGCAUAACCGAGUGUGUGAGAUCCUGAAGGCAGAGCAUCCCACCUGGGACGAUGAGCAGCUCUUCCAGACCUCCAGACUCAUCGUCAUUGGAGAGAUCAUCAACAUCAUAAUCGAAGAGUACGUGCAGCACCUGAGUGGCUACCUGCUGAAACUCAAGUUCGACCCCGCCCUGCUCUUCGACGCGCGCUUCCAGUACAGCAACCGCAUCGCCCUGGAGUUCGGCCACCUCUACGACUGGCACCCGCUCAUGCCCGACAGCUUCCUCAUCGACGGGGACGACAUCCCGUACUCGCGGUUCAUCUACAACACCUCCCUCCUCCUGCACUACGGUGUGGAGAAAAUGGUGGAUGCCUUCUCGCAGCAAUCCGCAGGGCAGAUCGGCGGAGGUCGCAACUCGCAUGCGGUGGUGCUCAAGGUGGCGGAAAUGGUCAUCAGGGAGUCCCGAGUGACCCGCGUGCAGCCCUUCAAUGAGUACAGGAAGAAGUUCAACCUGAAGCCCUACACCUCUUUUCAUGACUUCACCGAUGACACGGAAAUGGCCAGAGGUUUAGAGGAGCUCUAUGGAGACAUAGAUGCUCUGGAGUUCUACCCUGGCCUCAUGCUGGAGAAAACGCGCCCUAGCAAUCUAUUCGGCGAGAGUAUGGUGGAGAUGGGUGCGCCCUUCUCCCUGAAGGGCCUGAUGGGAAACCCCAUUUGCUCCCCUGAGUACUGGAAGCCCAGCACCUUCGGGGGAGAGACCGGCUUCAAUAUCGUCAAAACCUCCACGCUGAAGAAGCUGGUGUGCCUCAACACCAAGUGGUGUCCAUACGUGGACUUCCGUGUUCCCCGCAAGGAGCACGAAGCCAAACCGAGGGAAACAUCUACCGAACUCUAACGAUGAUUUCAAUCAUCAGAAUAUGUUGGUUGAUGUUUUAAUUCUAAUUCAGGGGUAAAAUUCAUGCAUGCAUUGAGUUAUAUGUUGUCCAUUGAAGCAGGUCUCCCAAAUAAUAAUUUAGACAGCAUACCAUUAAUAUUUCUAAUGUGUACCAAAACAUGUUAUCUAAAAAAUAAAAGUUACUCUCCU